AUGGGGCUUUGUCAGAGUCAGGAGGAGAAGGAGCUCCAAAACAAGACCAAACAAAUCGACCGCGAACUCAUGCAAGGCCAUCUGGCCCAACAGAAAGUCGUCAAGCUCCUGCUUCUGGGUGCUGGCGAAUGCGGCAAGAGCACGGUGCUUAAACAAAUGAGGUAAGCCGCUGUAAUUGGAGCCUGUCGAAUUGGCUCGUAGGUGUAAUUGUCAACCUGUUUUUUGUUUGUAUGGGUAACUAGUGACAUGGGCAAGGUUGGGGGCAUUAGGAAACUAUUAAGUUCAUAUACGUUUAUUACUUGACGGCGCUACUGAUUAGGAAGGUGUUGCCGUAAGGGCUUAUUCGAAGCCGAUUCGUAUCUUUCUGUUGCCUUCUGAGCGCUUUUAUGGUAUUCGUUCUCGGCACAUUCAAAAUUCGAGUCCAUAAAAAUAAGUGGAAUUAAAAUUCGGCGAAACCAUUCACGUUUUCCCGAUACCUCCAAUUACCCCCGUGGGCCGCCUCGCUGAUUAGACGUGCAUUUAAAGGGCCGGCGGCAUAUUUUCACCUGCUCAAGGGCACUUCUUUGAAGCUAAGUUAUAAGACAAAAUGGAGGGGAGAAAGGACAUGAGAAUGAGAAAAAAAUGCAAGAAAUAUUGAUGUUGCAUCUACAUCGUUGAGUAAUUUUGGAGCCAAAAAAACAAUUGAAAAAGAGACAAAUUUACUGAGAAAAUAAACAACUUCAAUUAAGAUUUUCACAUCUUGAGAUCUGCGUAUUUCAAAUACCAAGAAAGUUCUUUUAAGAAAAUUACAACUUGACGAUUUAUUAAGUCUUGAUGUCUGUCCUUUAUUCUUUGCUUCUUAGCCAGCAAAAUGGCCGUUGCCAUGACAAAUACAAUAAUAUGUUAUGGCCGGAUCCACUACGUAGACCUGUGCAAUCGGACAUAGUCUGAAAUGUAAUUACAAUUUUUCAUACGAAAUGAAAUGAACUUGAGACCUCGUGAUAACCCACUACAUAUAAACGAAGAACAAUGGGAGUCUCGAAGGACAACAUGCAUACUUGUGAGAAUGCAAAAAACAUGUAUGUAGAUGCUCUCACGGUGAACUGGUGUUUUUAUGAUAGGAUUAAACAUAAUUACAUAGAGUCAUUGUUAUUCAAAAAGUCGAAUGUAAACACCCAUCGAUUUCAGGAUUCUCCACGAUCAUGGCUUCUCCGACGAAGAAAUGCAGAAACAAAAGGCGGUCGUAUACAACAACACGGUUCAAGCCAUGGCCCAAAUUCUGCGGGGAAUGCAACAAUUGAAUAUUACCUUUGAGAAUCCAGCGCUGGAAAAUGAACAACGGGUUGUGAUGGAUGUGAUAAAGCGAGGGGAAGAGUCGGAGCCAUUCAGCGCCGAGUUAAUCCGCGCAAUGAAGGCGUUGUGGGCCGACCCCGCGGUAUCCAAGGUCGCUGUGCAACGGGGAAAUGAGUAUCAGCUGACUGAGUCCGCUGCAUAGUAAGUUGGUCUUUAGUGGUUUAGAUAGGUACCAUCUAAGAUAAGAAAAAAUAUUUUAAAUAUUGUUUCAGCUUCCUGGAUUCGAUAGAUCGAGUGGCCGACGACCAAUAUCGACCAACAGAGCAAGACAUUCUGCUCAGCAGGAUAAAGACUACUGGUAUUGUCGAGGUCAAAUUUAAGAUGAAAAAUGUGGAUUUCCGGUGAGUUUAGUCAUCGAAAUAAAAGUAAAGAAAUAAGACCGAUUUUUUGGGAUUUUGCAUCCUUUUUUUCAAAAAAUUGGGCCAAGCGUCCCUAGGGUUUUACUUCUGAAAGAUCAUUGAUUAUUUCUUUACUCUUAAAUGUGGCCUUCAAUGUCUCGUCUAAAAUUUGCUUUAUUUGUACUUUUUUCUGAUUAAUGUGUAGCUUCACAUGCUAUGAAAAUAACUGGAUAAACAAAAAAAAAUUUGCAGAGUAUUCGACGUGGGAGGUCAACGAUCAGAACGUAAAAAAUGGAUCCACUGCUUUGAAGAUGUAAAUGCGAUUAUUUUCAUCGCCGCCAUCAGUGAAUACGACCAAGUGCUAUUUGAAGAUGAAACGACGGUAGGUACAGGUUUUGAUAGCUUAUCUUUGGGGAGUUCUUUCUGGAAUAAAACCCGAGUUUUUUGCCUCAGGGAUUACCUUUUUUUGGGAUUAAAGAGCGUAAUGUAGGUUUGCGUAGUCAAAUUAUUAUGGAUUAGGAUAGGAUUAACGAAAGUCUCGAGGUAAUACCGGGCCUGAAACAAUUACUGGAUAACCAUUAUCGGAUUGCAGAACCGAAUGAUCGAGAGCAUGCGGCUGUUUGAAUCGAUUUGCAACAGCCGAUGGUUCAUCAACACCUCCAUGAUCCUCUUCUUGAACAAAAAGGAUUUGUUCAUGGAGAAGAUUAAGAAAACAUCCAUCAAAAUUGCAUUCCCUGAGUAUAAAGGUCAGUUUCGUGAUGAUAAAAUAAUAUCAAAACAAUCCUAAUUUUAGGUCCCAACACAUACGAUGACCAAGUGAAAUUUAUUGAGGAAAAGUUUGAAGGUCUGAAUGCAAACCCAGACAAGACCAUCUACAUGCAUCAGACAUGUGCAACGGACACAAACCAAGUGCAGAUGAUCCUGGACUCUUGCAUCGACCUCAUCAUUCAGGCCAAUCUCCAAGGCUGCGGUCUCUACUAA